AUGGCAGCCGCAGACACGACAGAGCCCUUCAGGAUGUGGGUGGGCGGGCAGGAGCAGCCGGGCAAUGCAGAGCUCAUCCCCAUCGAGGACCCUGCGACCGGCGAGAUCUUUGCGCAUUGCCACGCCGCCUCCCCCGCCGACGUCUCCGCGGCCAUCGCCCUCGCCCACAAGACCUACAAGACCAGCCCCUGGUGCCUCCCUUCCUCGCGGCACCAGCGCGCCGACGUCCUCGACACCUGCGCGGCCUUACUCACGCGGGACCUCCCCUCCCUGAUCGCCCUCGAGGUCCGGCAGACGGGCCGCCCCUUGCGCGAAAUGUCCGCGCAGGUUCCCAGCCUGGUGAAGUGGUUCCGGUACUACGCCUCGCUGCUGCGCACGCACGAGCGCCCCGUGCUCCCCACGAUGGGCAAGCUGCACAACUUCCUGGAGCAUGUUCCCCUGGGCGUGGUGGUGCAGAUAACCCCGUUUAACCACCCUUUACUCAUCGCCGUCAAGAAGAUCGCCCCGGCCCUCGCCGCGGGCAACUGCAUCGUCGUCAAGCCCUCCGAGCUCACACCCCUGACUACUUUGCUGCUCGGCAAGAUCCUGCAAGAGGCAGGCGUCCCCGACGGCGUGUUCAGCGUGCUGCCCGGAUACGGCGCCGUCACGGGGAAGGCGCUCGUCGAGAACCCCCUCGUGCGCAAGGUCGACGUCACGGGCGGGACCGUGGCCGGGCGGGCGAUCGGCGCCAUCGCGGGGGCCAACCUGGCCAAGUACACGGCCGAGCUGGGUGGCAAGGCCCCGCUCGUGGUUUUUGACAAGGCCAGUGUCGAGCUGGCCGUGAACGGGAUCGUGUUUGGCAGCUUUGUUGCGAGCGGGCAGACGUGCAUCGCCUCGACGAGGAUCAUUGUGCAAAACAGCGUCAUGCCCGAGGUGCUCGAGCGGCUCGCGGCCAAGAUUGCCUCCAUCACCCGCAGGAUGGGCCAGCCUGAGCACAAGGGUUGCAUGAUGGGGCCCCUGGUCAGCGGGAGGCAGUUUGGCAAUGUCAAGGCGCUCGUCGAUGACGCGGUGAGCUCGGGCAAAGCCACAGCCCUGGUCGGCGGCAGGCGGAUGACGGGCGCGAGCGAGCUGGACGGGUCGGACCUGAGCAAAGGUUGGUACUACGAGCCCACGCUGCUCGUCUCGUCAGACGCCGCCGGCCCUAGGGGCAUCCUCGACACCCGCAUCUGGCGCGAGGAGGCGUUUGGCCCCGUCAUCUGCGUCGUCGGCUUCGACACCGAGGCCCAGGCCGUCGAGCUCGCCAACGACAGCGAGUUUGGCCUCGGCGCGGGCAUCUGGACCACCGACCUCUCCCAGGCCUUCCGCGUCGCCGAGCAGAUCGACGCGGGGAUCACCUGGGUAAACACUCACCACCGCAACGACCCCAGCAGCCCCUGGGGCGGCGCAAAGUCCGCCAGCGGCGUCGGCAGCGAGAACGGCAUCGACGCCUACCACGCAUACACCACCACAAAGAGCACAAUCAUCAACUAUGCCUCCACAGAAGAGGCUCUCGCCACGGACGACUGGUUCAGGGAAGGCGACGGCAACGUGCGGUACGGAUGA